UCACUUCCGGAAAUGCUAAGUUGGUAAGCAUAGCGUUGAUGGUUAGCUGCUGGCUCUUGGGCAGUGGAGUAUAAUAUCCAUGACAUUUUUUUUCUUUCAAAGCUUUCCAGAUUUUAUCAUGGAGUAGCUACAGUUUCACUAACUAUUAUCUCCUGACCCAUUUCUUUACUUGGAUUGGGUCCUGGAUUCCGGUGAGAACACUAAAGUGAUAGUGGAAGAAUUAUGUGUGCAUCAGUGAAAUACAACAGCCGGGGUCCAGCCCUUAUUCCUAGAAUGAAAACCAGACACAGGAUUUACUACAUUGCUUUGUUCUCUAUUGUUCUCCUUGGACUGAUUGCCACAGGUGUCUUCCAGUUCUGGCCACAUUCUAUAGAGUCCUCUACAGACUGGACAGUGGAAAAGCGCAGUGUACAUGAUGUUCCUGUCAUAAAACUACCAGCAGAUAGUCCCAUCCCUGAGCGGGGAGACCUUAGUUGUCGUAUGCACACUUGCUUUGAUGUGUACCGCUGUGGCUACAACCCCAAGAACAAGAUUAAGGUAUAUAUCUACCCACUGAAAAAGUAUGUUGAUGAACUGGGUGUGCCCGUUAGCAACACCAUCUCUGCUGAGUACAAUGAGUUGCUCUCCGCAAUCUCAGAGAGUGACUUUUACACUGAUGAUAUCAACAGAUCGUGUCUCUUUGUGCCUUCCAUUGAUGUUUUGAACCAAAAUACUUUGCGUAUUAAAGAAACAGCACAAGCUCUGGCCAAACUCCCAAGAUGGGACAGAGGUACAAACCAUCUACUGUUUAAUAUGCUCCCUGGAGGUCCACCAGAUUAUAAUACUGCACUAGAUGUUCCUCGGGACAGGGCCCUUCUGGCUGGAGGAGGCUUCUCUACCUGGACUUACCGACAGGGCUAUGAUGUAAGCAUCCCCGUCUAUAGCCCCUUUUCAGCUGAAGCAGAUCUUCCUCCAAAACCACUAGGCCUUCGGAGGUAUCUGAUCUUGUCAGCACAAAUGGCUAUCCAUCCUGAAUACCGUUCUGAGCUGGAGGCUUUGAGGGCAGAAAAUGAAGACAUUUUCCUGAUCUUAGACAAGUGUACCAAUUUGUCAGAUGGCACAUCUUCUGUGAAGAAACGCUGCUACAAGAAUCAGGUCUUUGACUACCCACAAGUCCUUCAGGAGGGCACCUUCUGCGUGGUAGUGCGUGGGGCACGUUUAGGACAAUCCCUGCUCAGUGAUGUCCUCCAGGCUGGCUGUGUCCCUGUUGUUAUUGCUGACUCCUACAUCCUGCCUUUCUCUGAAGUUCUGGAUUGGAAAAGAGCAAGCAUUGUUAUUCCUGAAGAAAAACUGCCAGAAAUGCUUAGCAUUUUGAAAAGCAUCCCACAAAGGCAGAUUGAAGAGCUUCAGAACCAGGCACGAUGGUUCUGGGAAGCAUACUUCAAGUCUAUGAAAGCAAUAGCACUUGCAACACUUCAUAUCAUCAAUGACAGGAUCUAUCCGUAUGCAGCCAGAUCGUAUGAGGAGUGGAACAAUCCUAUGGCUGUGAAAUGGAGAAGUGUGAACAACCCCCUGUUUCUUCCACUGAUCCCUCCACGAUCACAGGGCUUCACUGCCAUUAUUCUCACGUAUGACCGAGUGGAGAGCCUCUUCCGAGUCAUCACUGAAAUCUCUAAAGUACCCAGCCUCUCCAAAUUACUGGUUGUGUGGAAUAACCAAAAUAAAAAUCCACCCGAAGAGUCCUUGUGGCCAAAAGUUGGAGUACCUCUCAAAGUUGUAAAAACAAAGGAGAACAAGCUGAGUAACCGUUUCUUCCCUUAUGAUGAAAUUGAAACCGAGGCUGUAUUGGCCAUAGAUGAUGAUAUCAUCAUGCUGACAUCUGAUGAACUGCAGUUUGGCUAUGAGGUGUGGAGAGAAUUCCCAGAUCGACUAGUUGGCUACCCAGGCCGCCUCCAUCUUUGGGACCAUGAGGCCGGAAAGUGGAAGUAUGAGUCAGAAUGGACAAAUGAAGUUUCUAUGGUACUAACUGGGGCAGCCUUCUAUCACAAGUACUUCAACUACUUGUACACGUAUACAAUGCCAGGAGACAUUAAGAACUGGGUAGAUGAGCAUAUGAACUGUGAAGACAUCGCAAUGAAUUUCCUCGUUGCCAAUGUUACAGGGAAGGCACCUAUUAAGGUGACUCCAAGAAAGAAGUUUAAGUGCCCAGAGUGUACCGCUAUAGAUGGACUGUCAUUGGACCAGACUCAUAUGGUUGAAAGGUCUGAGUGCAUCAACAAGUUUGCCUCUGUCUUUGGUACCAUGCCCCUUAAAGUGGUGGAACACAGAGCUGACCCAGUCCUUUACAAAGAUGACUUUCCUGAAAAACUGAAGAGCUUUCCUAACAUUGGUAGUCUCUAGGGCACAUCCUGUUAAGUUUCACACCAGUCUGCUGAACCAGAGCCAGGAGUAAGCAUUCAUUACAAACUGGGCCCAGAGGUGUCAGUACAGAAAUCGAGUUUGACAUGAAUGUUUUAUGGACCACUUUUUUCAGCUUUUCAGUUUUUCAAUAAAAAUGUACAAAACGUUUUAUGACAGUAUGUUUGUAGUGUGAGCAGUAGCUUUGCACUGUGUGUAGGAAAAGUUUUUUUUAUACAGUUAUCACAAAAUAUUCUGAUGUUGAAAACAUUCAAGUAGAUGGGACUCGUGCAUAAAGUUAUAUUUUGCAAUUUGCCUGUCAUUCGUCCCUUCAUGUGAAAAACACAGUAAUAAACAUUAGCUCUUGAAAGUUGUACUCCAGUAAGUCAGCAAACUGUGUUCAUGCAUGGCUUAUUUUUUAAGUAACAGCUCACAGGGCAACUAAUUUGAAUUGCUGCGGGAAAAAAAGACUGUCCCCAUCUGCACCUGAACAUAAAUAUCAUUCAAAUAUCUGUUAAUGAUUUUGUGUAAUUGAGAGUUUAUUUCUCUUUCUAGAAGUCCAUGCCUUGUUCUUUUUACAUUUGCUGUAGAAGUCCACUCAUUUCUUACUGAUAAUAAGGAAGUGACAUACAGUCAAGGCAUAUUGUAAUUAUUGAAUAUGUUUUAUGGCCCACUAGGCACAUUGCAUACAAAUAGUUCCCUUUCAUAAGGGAAUAUGCUACUGGAUUUACUCUGUAGACAGCAACAACAAAGGCCAGGCACACUAGUGACUCCAGGCCUCAUAGAUUCAAAGCCAUUGUUAGUUUUUAAGUAUCUGCACUGGUGUAUUUCAUGGAGUCCUUGCCCAGUAGAUCUUCCCGUAUAUUUUAUUUUGACCAGAAAGCACUACUCUCAUUUUAAUAGAGCCAAUUACAUAUUUAUUUUCUGAGGGAAAUGGUAGUGGAAAUUACUGGGCAGGCCUCAUUGUAUAUUUAUAGUGUCACUGAAUAUUUUUGAGCCACCAGCAGUAACAGGUGAACUGUCUUCCCCCUACUCUGAACAUCAGUCAUUAGGUAGAGAACUGUCCCUGGUCAGGAUGCUGGACUAUCAUAGUACACAGACAAACACACACACUUACUUUAGAGGAUUACCAUUUGUGUCUAUCAGCAUACCUUUGUAAUGCAAAAAGAAACUGAAUGGCUAGUGAUAUCUUGUAAUGGUUCCAUGUUAUAAACCUGGGUGAAAUUAAAACAGAACACUGAAUUUA